UUAUAAAAACAAAAAAUGCUACCGUUGUCACUAUUGAAAACAGCUCAAAGUCAUCCUAUGCUGGUGGAGCUUAAGAAUGGCGAAACUUACAAUGGACACUUGGUAAGCUGCGACUCCUGGAUGAAUAUUAAUUUACGCGAUGUCAUCUGCACAUCAAAGGAUGGCGACAGAUUUUGGCGCAUGCCAGAAUGCUAUAUUCGAGGAAGCACAAUUAAGUAUCUGCGUAUUCCAGAUGAAGUCAUCGACAUGGUGAAGGAAGAUGCUCAGGCCAAAUCACGAAAUCGCGCCGAGAUGAACAAAAAUCGUGGCGGCAAUUCCUCACAGAAUCAAAAUCAGCGUGCUCCCCGCAGCGGAAAUCGCAAUGGUUUCGGUGUACGCAAUGGGCCAGGAGGUGGUGGGGGCCUGGGGAAUGGCAAUAUGCGUCCUGGUCCAUCAGGACAGGGCAAUCGCCCGCCCGCCCAGGGCAACAAACUUAGAAAGUAAUGUAAUGUAAUAUUGAUACAUGAUUAAAAUAGCAACCCUCUUUCGUUUCCAUAAA